CUUGCUACAUGACGUUUUCAGAGAGGCCAACGUUUGUAUAAAUGGGGAAGAGAUCCACUGGGUCUCGUCACUCGUCAGUCAGCAGUUGGCCAGCGGUCGAACAGAAUGAUUGGACAAUCGACCCUUCUCGUGGCAAUCGCCUUUUGUGCCUUUGCAACGGCACUUCCAGGAAAGCCUUAUGGAGGCGCUGGUGUAGGAGCUGGGAACCUGGGAGGCCUUGGAGGUGUUGGAGGCCUUGGAGGUGUUGGAGGUCUUGGAGGUGUUGGAGGCCUUGGAGGUGUUGGAGGUCUUGGAGGUGUUGGAGUAGGAGCUGGACACCUUGGAGGUGUUGGUGUUGGAGCUGGACAUCUUGGAGGCUCUGGCGUUGGUCUUGGAGGAGUUGGUGGUGGCCUUGCAGGUGGAGCUUUGGGCGUUGGAGGAGCCUCCUUCAACCCAGCCCACUUCCCAGACCUCGUUCCAGGAUUCCCAUUCCACCAGUCCCAUCCAGGACAGGGAUUUGGUGGGUGCAAAUACUGGUGCCGUAGCUCUUACCAGAAGAACUAUUACUGCUGCACAAGGUCCACCUAUGCUGGAUAAGGCGAAAGGGAUUCCUGGAACCAAACUUCUUCUAAGUUUUAACCAACAGCAUUAAGCAAUACUAAGUCAUGUUCCGCGAAAUUAACACUUUUUCUACAAUUUUCAUUUGAGUAUCUAUUGAUGUUUGAUGAGGAUUUACUCUCACAAUAAAUUUUUUUAAAAGAU